AAUCGGGUCCUAAAACGAGAUGUCGAAGUUCAAACCGCUUGUCAUGUCGGUGCCACUCACUCUCUCCCUUCCUUAAUAAUUUUGAUUUCGACGAGGUUUUCCAUUUCCUCCGAGCUCCAAAUUCCUUCUUUUUUUUUUUUUCUUUUUUCUAAGGCAUUUGUAGAAAACAAUGAUAGACAAGUGUUUGGGAGCCCAGAGAUCGCGAAAGAUCCAGAGAACUCUCCGCCACUGCAAGGUCACAAUCCUCUGCCUCGUGCUCACCGUCGUCGUCCUGCGUGGGACGAUCGGAGCUGGACGAUUCGGGACCCCGGAGCAAGACUUCAUCGAGAUCCGUGACCACUUCAAUUACCAGUCCUCCCGCAAGCUCGCCGAGCCCCACCGCGUGCUCGAAGAGCUCCAAACGACCACGUCCGGCGACGACGACCCCAACAACUAUAACACCUUCGACGUCAAUAAACUCCUCGUUGACGACGAAGAGGACGACCCGAAACUCGACCCAAAUAAACCCUACAGGCUCGGACCCAAGGUCUCCAACUGGGACGAGAAGAGAUCCGAUUGGCUUAAACAAAACCCGAAUUACCCGAACUUUGUCGGACCCAACAAGCCCCGGGUAAUGCUCGUGACCGGGUCGUCCCCGAAACCCUGCGAAAACCCGGUGGGUGAUCAUUACCUGUUGAAAUCGAUCAAGAACAAGAUCGAUUACUGUAGGUUACAUGAGAUUGAGGUUUUUUACAAUAUGGCGCUUCUCGACGCUGAAAUGGCUGGGUUUUGGGCCAAGCUUCCGUUAAUUCGGAGGCUACUUUUGUCACACCCAGAAGUGGAAUUUCUGUGGUGGAUGGAUAGCGAUGCUCUGUUCACCGAUAUGUCUUUUGAGGUGCCUUGGGAGAGAUACAAAGAUCACAACUUGGUUCUGCAUGGUUGGGAUGAGAUGGUGUAUGAUCGGAAAAACUGGAUUGGAUUGAACACUGGAAGUUUCUUGUUGAGGAAUUGCCAGUGGGCAUUGGAUAUUUUGGAUGCUUGGGCGCCAAUGGGGCCCAAAGGGAAGGUUAGGGACGAAGCUGGGAAGGUACUGACUAGGGAGCUUAAGGAUAGGCCGGGUUUCGAAGCCGAUGAUCAGUCGGCGAUGGUGUAUUUGUUGGCCAGUCAGAGGGAGAAGUGGGGGGAUAAGGUUUAUUUAGAAAACAAGUAUCAUUUGCACGGUUAUUGGGGGAUUUUGGUUGAUAGGUUUGAGGAAAUGAUUAAGAAUUAUCAGCCCGGAUUUGGCGAUCAUCGGUGGCCAUUAGUUACGCAUUUUGUGGGGUGCAAGCCGUGCGGCAAGUUCGGGGAUUACCCAGUUGAAAAGUGCUUGAAGCAGAUGGAUAGGGCUUUUAAUUUCGGGGAUAAUCAGAUACUUCAGAUUUAUGGGUUUAGGCACAAGUCGUUGGCUAGUAGACGGGUUAAGAGAGUGAGGGAUGAGAAGAGUAAUCCUCUUGAGGUUAAAGAUGAACUUCGUUUGCUUCAUCCGGUGGUUAAAGCGGUUAAGUUAAUCAAGGAUGAAUGCAAGCCAUGCACACAGACCCACACUCCUCAUCUCGUUGAAAAUGUGGCAUUGAAUUAUAGCAAGCUAUCUGUUAAUGAAGAUGAUGUAAAGCUGAAUCCUAAGAUGCUUUACAGGUUCAGAAUAGUAUGCGAUGAGAAAAGAGUGUGGUAAACUCUUCUUGAAUGAGCAGAUGGCUGGAUUUUUUUUUUCUCUGAGACCGCUUUGAUCUGGUUUGUAGUGGAUGUUGGUGAUGUAUUGUUUACUGCUACUUUUGCAUUUGAGGUCUCACUAUACCAGUACAUUUGACAUAGUUUGGCAAUUCAAGGUUGGGAUGAGAAAAAUAAUUUUGGCUUGAACAUUUGCAAAUACUAUUCAUAAAUUGUUACUGAACAAUCUUGCUGUGUCUGUGCGACGCUGUGGGAACAGAAAAGGUGGAGGUAGAGAACUAGAAAUCCUAAGGAGAUCAAGUAGACUGGUCUUUGAAGGUGAUAAUCUGUUUACCAUCAUGUCCUAGUGGCAACA